CCGCUGCCUUGGUAGCCUCAGACCGGUAGGGGAUCCUACCCCGUUGGUUAACUCCGCUCGGCGGAGAGAUGGGGAGGCGUUGGGCCAGGGCGGAGGUAGGAAGGAGUCAGCCCCUCGACGUCUCCCGCAUAGUUGGUCCUUGAGCCGUGAUGCAAGCGUGGGUCCUACUCUUCGCGGUACUCUGGUACCUUCCAAGAGUGGUUUCUUCCCUCCGCAGUUGGAUCGCAGCGUUCUUCCUUACUCAGCAAGGAAGGCUUCAUUUAUGGGCAGCAAGAAUACGCAGUAAAAAUAUAUGUAAAAAUACAUCAAAAUAGCCCAUUCCUUUUCUGUAUGGAUUUUCAACGUGCUAAUAAAGAAAUAGUGGACCCCACCUACUUAUGGAUUGGGCCUAAUGAAAAGACAUUAACAAGAAGUGAUCGAAUAAAUAUAACAAAAACAGGAAAGCUGAUGGUGAAAGACUUCCUAGAGGCUUUGUCUGGACUUUACACGUGUACUCUUUCUUACAAAACUGUCAAAGCAGAAACUCAAGAAGAAACGGUAGUAAAGAAGAGAUACGACUUUAUGAUAUUUGCCUACAGGGAACCUGAUUAUACAUAUCAGAUGGCUGUACGUUUUACCACAAAAUCUUGUAUAGGAAGAUAUAAUGACUUGCUCUUUAGAGUGCUGAAGAAUAUCUUGGAUAAUUUAAUCUCUGAUCUAUCAUGCCAUGUCAUAGAACCAUCAUAUAAAUGCCAUUUUGUUAAAAUCCCAAGUGAUGGCCUUAUACCCGAGCUAUUUAUAGCCUUUCAAGUUAAUCCUUUUGCACCAGGGUGGAAAAGUGCAUGCACUCAAUCUAUUGACUGUGAAGAUAUCACUAAUCAUAACAUUCUCCAGGCAAGAAAUCGAAUAGAAGAAUUUUUUCGAAGCCAAGCAUAUAUAUUUGAUCAUCGCUUGAAUAAAACUUUACCAGCUAUGCAUUUUGUGCCCCAUAGUUUUCAAGUAAUACGUAUGGAUAGCUGUCGACCAGGCUUUGGAAAAAAUGAAGGUCUACACAGUAAUUGUGCUAGCUGUUGUGUGGUUUGUAAUCCUGGGACUUUUAGUCCUGAUGUUGAUGUUACCUGUCAGACCUGCAUUUCUGUUCGUAUCUAUGGAGCUAAAUCUUGCCAGUAAAUGUCAAGCAGAACCAGCACUGUGAAGAAUAGAGGUGAAAGUGCUAUCACUUGCGUGUGGAGGUGGAGGUUGUAAGAUGAUUUGUUCACAUCCUCGAGCACCACAGACAUUUCCAUUAAGUAAGAGCAAAACAUUGGGAAACAGACAUUUUAGAAGCUUAAAUAAAAAAUAAAAAUAAACUGUUGACAUGGCAUUUCUAAGAAGAUAUUUAACCUAGUAUCACCAGUAUACAAAGGAAAGUUUAAGUAUUAGUGGAUUAUUUUUAAUGAAAUAUGUUUUAUUGUUCCCAAAUGGAAUCUGUUGCUCUGUACCUAAUAACACAUUAAGGUCUAGAAGACUAGUAA